ACCUGGGUUCCAUCACUUUUGGGUGCCUGAUCCACCUUUAGUCCUUAUGGGGAGGGAAGGGGACAUGAAGGUCACCAGCCCAACUAGGCCACAGUGCUACAAACCAUCAAAAGAUUCACAGUAUCCAGUGGUUGUCAUAUUUGAAAGUUGGAUGGAGUCCCAGGGUGGAUAGCCAUCAGCAAGUUGCUUACCUUCUCUGAACCCCAGUUUGAAUACAGGGGCAUCUGAGAGUAGCUCUGAGCAGCUUUUAGGGUGAACUUUGGGUCUCAGCAUGAGCAGCACCUACCCAUCCUCACGGCCAAAGACAGGUGGGUUCCCUCCAAGCAGAAAGCAACAUCCUGCUCUGUCCAGGGUGCUUCACAUUCAGGGCAUGGAGAGGACAGAGAAGACACACUUGCAUUCUUUGUUUGUGAUCAUCUCCAGGUACUUGCAACAACAACAAAAAGAUAAGCAACAACAACAAAAAGAUAAGCAACAACAAAAGUUGACCCCAAAUUGAGGGUUAAUCUGUCAGCACAUGCAUAGCCUUAGAACCUCAUUAUAGGGAAAAGGCAGAGGAUGUCUGCCUCCUUCAUGUCCUUGAAUUCCAUGAUCAAGCCCCUCAGGUGUCCCUACUGAUUCUAUUUUGCUUUCUUCCUUGGCUGCAACACAGAAAGAAGGAAAGCUCUUUUCUCCUCCAAGGCCGAGUGUUAGAAGCAUUACCUCAAUAGCCCAACGUCCUGGAAAAGAGGAAGAUUGGCAAUGAUGGAGCAGGUAGAGCGAGAGGCCGGGCAGCCUAGAAGCUCCUGGCUGGCUCCUCUGGCCUGUUUGACGUUGGCUCAAAAGACAUGGAAUUAAUAGGCAAAGCUGCCUCCUCCUCCUCCUCUUACCUGCGGAGGAGAGAUCGGUUCCCGGUUGGCUGGGGCAGUGUCAUUGAUAUAGCUGGUGUCAUCGUUACCUUCCACGAACAGAUCACUCGACACCUGCCAGGGCCGGGCCUGAGUUUUGCCCGCAGAGCUGGAGGCUUUCACUCUCCCAUUGUCCCAGAGGCCAGGGGAGGUCAAGACACAGGCUUUGCUGGGAUGUGGCUCUUGGUGACCUAGUAGAAGGACUGGACAGCUCCUGGUGCUGGAUCCCCCUUGCAGGUCCUGGCUGCCUCUUUGCUUCCUGCUGCCUGAUCCCUGUGGCUGUCCUGGGCAGAGGAGAUGAAUUCGUGGCUGGCCGGGAGCUGAGGCAGAGAGAUGGUGCUGCACGGAGAAGGCGCUCUGGGAGUGACCCUGGCGUGAGGAGCUAGGGGCGAAGAGUGGCCUGGGGUGUCCCUCCUGGCGUGUGCAUCCCAGGUGACACCAUGCUGCAGCAGAUCCUGCACGACAUGUACAUCGACCCCGAGCUCCUGGCCGAGCUCAGUGAUGUGCAGAAGCACAUCCUCUUCUACAAAAUGCGAGAGGAGCAGCUGAGACGCUGGAGGGAGCGUGAGGCUUGGGAGGCCCUGGCCCAGGUCGAGGGCCUCAGGCCCCCCAAGGUCAAGCGAGCGAGUGACAAGCACAUCCAGUGGCUCGUGGGGGCAGAUGGCGAAGUCUGGGUCUGGGUCAUGGGAGAAGGCCCUGGAGACAAGCCCUAUGAAGAGAUCUCUGAGGAGCUGAUUGCAGAGAGGGCGCGGCUGCAGGCACAGAGGGAGGCGGAGGAGCUCUGGAGACAGAAGGAGGCAGAGAUCACCAAGAAGUUCCGGGAUGCUCUGGCCAAUGAGAAAGCCCGGAUCCUGGUGGAGAAGUGGAAAGUGGAGACGGAGGACCGCAAGGCUGCCAAAGUCCUGGAGGAGCGCAUCCAUGAGGAAUUCAAGAGGAAAGAGGAAGAGGAGAGGAAGCGAGGAGAAGAGCAGAUUCGCCUCCAGGAAGAGCAGAGGGCGAAGGAACUCUACUGGACCCUGAAGCAGGCCCAGCUGCAGAGCCUCCCCAGUGAGAAGGAGGAACGCGAGUGGGAAGAACAGCUGCGUCGGUCCAAGGCGGCUGAUGAGGAGAGGAGGCGCCGAGCCCAGCGCGCCCGGGACGAGUACCGGCGCCACUCCCUCCGCGCCAUCCAGAAGGGCACGGUUGCUGGCCUCAGCUCCAGGUUCCGAGAGCUCGGCCAGAGCCACGAGCAGGAGGCGAGACUCUACCACCACCUCCUGGGCCCAGGGCCGCCUUCACCCCUGGCCGUGCCUGGCAGGACUUGGGAGCGGCCCCUGUGUCCUGUCUCCAGAGAAGUCAUAGUCCGCUGGUUUAAGGAGGAGCAGCUGCCGCGCCGAGCGGGCUUUGAGAGGAGCACCAAAGCCAUCGCCCCCUGGUUCCACGGAAUUAUCAGCCGAGAAGAUGCCGAAGAUCUCCUUGAGAAUAUGACUGAGGGUGCAUUUCUGGUCCGGGUCAGUGAGAAAAUCUGGGGUUACACCCUCUCCUACCGCCUGCAGAAAGGGUUCAAGCAUUUUCUUGUGGAUGCCUCUGGGGAUUUUUACAGCUUCUUGGGUGUGGACCCCAAUCGCCAUGCAACGCUCACGGAUCUCAUUGAUUUCCACAAGGAGGAGAUUAUCACUGUUUCAGGGGGAGAGUUGCUGCAGGAGCCCUGUGGACAGAGGGACAGCCCACCAGACUACCAUCUGUUGUUUGAAUGAUAUUUUUCCUCCUUCUCAAUUGGACUCCAUGGGGCAUCCUAUUUUUGAACUCAAGAACUUCCCAGCUCAAAUUCUUAUGGCCUUCUGGAAGAUCCACCACCAUCCAGAGGGACAAGUAGAUUAGUAUAUUUCAAGGAAUAUGAAAAUAUAUGGUGUAUGUGCUGCUGGUUCCUGACCCAGUGCCCAGGACAGAAAUUGCUAAUAGCUGGUGCAACUCUUCUCUGAAAAAUUUAGAUACAACCUCAGAAGAUGAAGCCUUUUUGUCAUGGCUGCCCUAAACUGAAUUCCUAGAAUACAAGGAUCAUGUUUUAAUUAUACAAAUAAUUCCGGUGCCGAACUCUGAAUUUAACAUAUGGUAGACAUUCAAUAAAUGUUUGUUGAAUGACUGCACUUCUUCUGAACAUUUUCCAACACUCAUCAGCAACGAUUUCUAGUAAGUUAUUUUCUAUUCGUCACUGUUUAUAAAGUCAUAGAGAUUAGAGAAGAAAUAUUGUAAAGGAUUUAUAUGGAAGGCAUAUAUACUGUGUUUUAAAUGAUAUUCAUCGUCACUCUCAUUGAUAUUAUCAUUGGAAUUACCUAAGGCUUCUGAGCCCCAGCUUCAGAAGAGAUGACUGAUACUGCCCUGCCUUCGUAUUUCCCUCUUCUUCUGCCAUCCCACCUCU